AUGGUCAGAAAGUGGUCCUCAAGGGAUUCGGAUGACGAAUUCUCGAUGCAUGGCAGGCGUGGAGAAUUCUCGGAUAGUGAAAGAAGUUGGGGUGAAGAUUGGAAGAGUGGCAGAAGUUCCAGGUAUAGCGCGAGGAACGAGGUUAUGAUGGAAAUGGUGGAGAUGUUGGGACAACGGAGACGGGUUGUCAUUGAUAGUGGGGCAGUCGUAUCGGUGAUAUCGACUAGUGCUUAUGAGAGGUUGAAGGCGGGGUGUCGUGACUGGGAAAAGGAAGUUGAAGUGUUCGGAAAGCCGACAUUCACAGUUUUGAAUGCGUCAAACUCUAAGAUGAGAGUCAGGGGGCAGAUCAAAAUUCCCAUGGUGUUCAUUGGAGGUGAGAAGGAACUGGAGAGACCAGGAGAGAAACUUCGGAAGGUUCCGACGGAGGUAUCAGGGAUACAGUGCAAGAGCGUUGCCGUGCGUGGAGAGAGGGGGAGAAGGGCAAGCACGGGUGACGUGGGAGAGGUGUUCAAGUCGGAAGGGGAAGAGAAGGAAAGAAAGAAGGUGAAGAUUCGGGCGAGUGUGGCGGUCAUCGGACCUAGAUUGGAGGCGAGGGGGCCAGGUGUUCUCGAGUAUCGUAAUAAGACGAUAACGGGGUGGACUCAGAAGUUCGAUUGGGGAGAAGUGAAGGAGGCAGUGGUGCUUGUUGAGUACACUGAUAAGGAGGAUGAGAACAGCAAGAGAGUUGAGUUCGUAAAAUCAGUUGCGAAGGAAGUGGAGAAAGUCUGGAUGAUGCCGAGAAGUCUACAAUGUGAAUUCGGGGACGUCGACAAUGUGGCCAAACAGUGGAAAGAAUGGCUGAAGACAUCAGCGAACGCGGAAGUUGUGGAUCCGUUGAUGCCCGUCGGAAAUCACAAGACACCGUUGAUCUUGGAGAGAUGGCAUCGGAAGUCGCUGGAUGGUCUACAGAAGUACUUGCACAAUGCGUUGCCGAGCCGUCCAGUCAGAUGUCAGUGCGAGAAGACCGCAGACAGAAGACCACAAUCUGGAUUGAGGAAAGACCUCGGAAAAGGAUGCCCGAUCGCCGAGAGGAGGGGGAAGUGGCUUCGCCGAAGUUCUACAUUCUCGAAACCACAUGGAAUCACAGAUAUCAAAGGAAAUGAAUAA